AUGCCGGGACGCUACAGAGUUGUUCCAUCGCUACUGUCCUUCCAAGAGCUGAGCUUCCUCAUUAAUGAGCGUGGUGACUCCUACCCACUUCAGAAUUUCGAAACGGGAAAUGCUUCCCAAAGUCCAAUCGGACAUCAGUAUCCUUGGGCAGCAAAGGGUAUCAAAAUCAACUUUCGAAGCAACUGGCUUUACGAGAAAGAUGAUUUACCUGCAGUGAUAAAAAUACACUGCAUUCUCUCCCCUCUACUUAACCGGAGUCCGGAGUCUGAUGACCAGCUGAACUCCGAGGAAAAGAAGAAGAGAAAGCAACGGAGGAACCGGACGACCUUCAACAGCAGCCAGCUGCAGGCUCUGGAGCGCGUCUUUGAGCGGACACACUACCCAGACGCCUUUGUGCGAGAGGACCUCGCCCGCCGGGUGAACCUCACCGAGGCCAGAGUGCAGGUGUGGUUUCAGAACCGAAGAGCCAAAUUCCGCAGGAAUGAGAGAGCCAUGCUGGCCAAUAAAAACGCUUCCCUCCUCAAAUCCUACUCAGGGGACGUGACUGCCGUGGAACAACCCAUUGUACCUCGUCCUGCUCCAAGACCCACCGACUAUCUGUCCUGGGGGACGGCCUCUCCGUACAGCGCCAUGGCCACUUACUCUGCCACAUGUGCCAACAAUAGCCCUGCACAGGGCAUCAACAUGGCCAACAGCAUUGCCAACCUGAGACUGAAGGCCAAGGAAUAUAGUUUACAGAGGAACCAGGUGCCAACAGUCAACUGA